UCUUUUUUGUGUGCGUCUGAGCAGCACAGCAAGCCACACAAACACAAGCACAAACACAAACACAAAUGGAGCUGCGCCAUGCCGCUGCGUCGCGCUUCCUCCCCCUCGAUUCGCAGAGCCAGCCACGCCGGCUCGGUGGCACGCGAUCCGAUGCCGCCCGUGUCGCGCAGGUGACUGCGGGACUGACUGCCCUGUACGAGCGGAUUCAGGCCCAGAGCAGGACGUCCUCGACCCGCGCCGACACUGCUGCUGCUGCUGCUGCUGCUACAGCUUCUGCUGCCUCGUUGGGAUUGCUGCAGUCGUCCGAACAGAGUGGGGUGCAGCGACCGCGCGGGUUUGAGACAGACCACGACGGCCACUUUGUCCUGUUGCCGUUGUUCGCAGCAACCGCGGCCGCGUCGUCAACCCAUCGCGCGCCGGCAUCGUCCGCGCCAGAGUACGCGGAGGGUGGACACGAGUCGCGCGACCUGUUUGGUGCCGCUGCAGGCAAGCGCGGCGGCGAGUCAGCGUCUGCAGGCAAGCCAGGCGAGGAUGGCGGCGCGUCGACAUUUUGGCGCCAAAAUCGAGCUCUCGCUCAGCAUGCUCAGACCUCAACGUCCAUGGAUGGCAGCAGGAAGGCCGACGCGUCUCAGAGCGCGAAUCGCAAUGCAUUGCAGAUCAAGAAAGAGAAAGAGGAAGAGGAAGAGGAAGAGGAAGAUGAUGACAAUGGCGAGCCCGACUGGCUGACCGCGUACCGUCAACAGCGUCCAACUGUCUCAGACGACGAGCCGGCUGUGCAUGCUGCAAGAAGGUCGCCGCUGAGCUCGCCUCGGACGCCGGUCAAGCAGCAACGGAGAGACUCGAGGCAUCCGACGCCGUCCCACGAACGCUCGUUGGCAGGACCUCCUUCGAAGCUACAGGCAACUCCGAAAAUUGCUCGAGAUUGCAUCUGCUUGCUGAACAGUCGCUACGCUUGCAUCAAACAGGUGGCAGAAGGGACAUUUGCCGUCAUGAUUCAAGCUGUCGAUACCUUCACCCACUCCAAUGCAGCAUUCCGCCUCCAUCCUCAGAGUUCCUCGCAGCCGACCUCCGACAUGGAUUGCGAUCGAAAAGCUGGCGUUUCCCCCCGCAACCUCCUGCCAUCGCCCUCUCAUCGCCAGCACGAGGCCUCACGCUUUGCCAUUCCACCGGGUUGCCGACGAGUGGCAAUCAAAAUCAUGCACAAGCCAUACGCUGCAAUUGGCGAGGAAGAAGCCAAGCACCUGCGUCGCUUAAACCUCGCCGACCGUUGCGGGUUUUCCCCUGUCGUUCGACUGUUAAACACUUUCACCGUCCUCAAUGACACGGUCUGGGUUUCUCGAGAACACGACCAGCUCCGCACCCCUCGGGGCCGUCCCUCCUCCAGUUACAGCAACACCAGUAACAACAACCACAACAACAACCACAACAACCACAACAGCGCUUCUCCAUUCGAGAAGGUGGAAACCCCGCUGCGAAAACUACACACCAUCCCGCCUGCCUCCGCUGCACACCAGAGCUCGCGCACUCUGCUAGGUGAAUGGGUUCAACAGCGUCCUGCCACUGCUGUCGCCAUGCAACGUCUGCGCAAGAUUGCAGCUCAGCUUCUGUCCGCCAUGAUUUUCCUUGAGGAUCAGGCCGUUAUUCACGCCGAUCUCAAACCCGAGAAUAUUCUCCGCUGCCCGCGCUCGCUGAUCGAUGACAGUAGUCUUGGGCAUGAGGUUGACCAUCCUUCCUUCUCGAUCAGACUGGUCGAUUUUGGCAACGCCGUGUCGUGCAAACCCGAGUUUUUGAGUCUUUAUCACGAGACGUUUGAACUGCAGACGCUCGUGUAUCGUGCACCGGAGGUUCUCUUUGGGUGCGAGUUUGGGUUUCAGAUUGACAUGUGGUCGGUCGGGUGCAUCCUGGCAGAACUCAGCCUGGGUCGUCCGAUCUUUUCGGGAGAUUCGCCCGCGAGUCUGGUCCAGUCGAUUUUCGAGCUGCUGGGUCCAUUUCCUCAAGCUCCCUUUGCGGCUGGCAAGUUUAAUGCUCAAUUUCAAGAGUUUCUCGAUGCGGGUCCAGCCCAGCUCGACGAUUCGCAAGAUCGCGAAGGCGAGGAAGCCAUGCGUAUCGCCCUGUUGCAAUCGCAGCGCUUGCUACGACUGUCAUCAAUGCUCGGUACACAUGAUAUCGCGUUUCUGAGUUUUAUCGAUGGCUUGCUCAAGUACAAUCCAGCUGAGCGCUUGACACCACAGGCAGCCUUGGGCCAUCCGUUCUUGGGCCCACUGUUCCCUUUUCGUAGCUUUCUUAGCAAAAAACCCUACCCACUGUCAGGCUGCGAGAGUGACGUGGUGUUUGACCAGCCUCUCUUGCGGCAGCGUGCAUUACUGGACACACGACCGGCGUGGCGUCAAACUGACUCGCACGUGUCGACAGGUCAAGCGACGUUGAACGUGCCCGAAGCGGAUGUGCCAGUGCCGAUGAAGGAAGAGGUUGUCGCGUCUGAGCACUGCGACGCGCUCUCUCCCCAUUCCCAUGACCAAGUGGAUACUGCUGAUAUUCCGGCACGUUUGGACACUGCAGUUGAAGACAACCUUGCGGCCGACGAUGGUUUGCCUCCGAUGGCAGAAGACGAGAGCUUUGCGGCAUUUGUCCUGGACGGCCCCUCUCCAGAUAAACAUGAUAUUAUGACUCGCUUGUCACUACUCACGUCAGCAUCGUCUGUCGCAUCCUUACCGGCAACUCUCGAUGAUCUCCCCGCCAUCCACGCCUCUCAAGCUCGCUUUUCGACAAUUCCCCCUGUCCCAGCCAUCCAGCUCAUUCAGCCCAUGCACGGAAGCGUUCACUCAAACGCUAAUCGAUCCUCUCCCGCUCAAGCCGUGCUGUCGAGCGACCCUCGACUGCACAGAGCGCUCAUUAAAGGUGCUUCACCGGGAUCUGGUGUUGAGCGAGGACGGUCUACCCCUGUCCAACUCGCUCCCUUGAAGCGCGCUUGGGAAGAUUCGCCUCAACCCGAGAUUGCCAAAAAGAUGCGGGCACUGGACGAUAACGUAGCCGCUGCAACAGCUGCGCCGGAGCGAGCCCAGAACGAUGACGAUGAGGACACUGUGGUGCUAUUGUCUUAAACCAGAGCGCACUGGGGGGUGUGCUACAGCUGCC